CCAGUUUCUAAGGAUCGUUCUGUGUAAUGUGAAUGUAACAGCGAAGUUGAAGGUAUAGAAAACCAUCAGUGAAGAUCAUGGACUUCGUUAUGAAACAAGCUCUGGGAGGAGCCACCAAAGACAUGGGAAAAAUGUUGGGUGGUGAUGAAGAGAAGGAUCCAGACGCUGAGAAAAAGGAAGAAGAAAGAUUAGAAGCUAUUCGACAAGCAGAGGAAGAACGUGCAGGAAAAUACGCAAAAAUGGAGGCUGAACGGGAAGUAAUGCGACAAGGGAUCCGUGACAAGUAUGGGAUAAAAAAGAAAGAGGAAAAAGAAGCCGAGGCAAUGGCAGCCAUGGAGGCUCAGGCAGAGGGAAGUUUGACACGUCCCAAGAAAGCGAUUCCUGCUGGCUGUGGGGACGAAGAGGAGGAAGAGGAAAGUAUUCUGGACACUGUCUUAAAAUAUCUUCCAGGGCCUCUCCAAGAUAUGUUUAAGAAGUAACAACAUGAUUAUAUGCAAAGUAACUCCUGGUUUUAUUGCUAGGUGUAAAUCAUUCUCAUUAUAAAAUGAGAAUUUAUCAUCAUUUCAGCUAAUUAUAAUUUGACUGCUCACCUCUUCCUGUGUAGUGGCAUGGAAACUUCAUCACAACAGAACAUCCAGGAUAAUGCUGUGUCGCAGUCUCGAAAUAAUCUAAUCUGAUAAGCCAUGUUUAUAGUCAAAUAAAAUCCAGAUAUUUAAUAGUGAAAAGAAGAAACUUGUAUCUUUUUAUCUAGUUGUGACCACUUUGACAUUACAGGGCUCCAGCUAGCAUUGAUUGUCCAAUUGUUGUUCAUCAUACUCAUUAAAUAAAGCAUCAGGUCACAACACAGGGUGAUACCUACAAUACACAGCUAAUUAACCCAGCAUUAGAACUCUAAUUAAACAUUACUAACUCUGUUAAUAUCAACUUGUGGCAAUCUUCCAAUUUUGGAUAGAACUUAUUAAUGAGGUUAAAGCCUGAGAAUUAUGGUGUGUUAUAUCAUGGAAUGAAGCUUAACAUAUUCUUUCAAAUUUUUUUGACCGUUAUGUUGAUAGAGCUUUGAUCUAUUUGUUUAAACAGUUUA